GAUUUUGAUGACUUAUCAGAAACAGACAUAAGCAGUGAGGAUCAGCAUCAUAAAAUCAAGCCUGACCUUAUGGAAGAGGAGCUUAAAUCCAGGUUAUUUCAGCUUGCUGCUAACAUGAGUGACAAGGAAACCUCUUCUGGUGACGAACAAGAAUCAGACCCUAAAACAGAUCCUGAAAACCAGAAGGAGAGUUUGUCCUCAGAUGAAAAUGGCAAAAGUAUUCAUGAGGAGUUAAAGAAGAAGUACUCUGCUGUCUCUCUCUGCAACAUAUCUACAGAGGUCCUGAAAGUCAUCAAUGCCACCGAGGAACUGAUAGCAGAGUCCACAGGUCCCUGCGACUUCCCAGCUGACCUCCACGACAGAGGGAGGGGGACAUUCCCAUUAGGGACUGACCCCACCAGACUCGAUGAGCAGCUCACCACACUGGAAGAAAACGUGUACUUGACAGCCAGCACCGUGUACGGCCUGGAGGGGCAGCUGAGCAGCCUGGAGGACGCGGCUCGCAAGAUCAACAGUGUUACUGCAGAAUCGGAGCUGGCCGAGCUGGAAGAUCAGGUGGCCACCGCAGCCGCCCAGGUUCAUCACGCAGAGCUUCAGAUUUCAGAUAUUGAGAGCAGAAUAUCAGCUCUCACUGUUGCAGGCUUGAACGUGGCUCCAUGUGUUCGCCUGACAAGGAAACGGGAUCAAAAGCAAACAAACCAGAUGCAUACAAUAGACACAUCAAGACAGCAGAGGAGAAAACUUCCAGCUCCACCAAUAAAAGGUGAAAAAAUAGAUGGCUCUCCAGUUACCACUGUUAGAACAUUUAACAGAAACUUCAUGCUCCAAGGAUCUUUAACACAAAGAGCUAAAGAGAGGAAAAGCACUGCCAAGGACUUAAUGGAACCUGCUAUAGGAUCUGCUGUGAUGUACUGAACUUCUACAUCUCUACUGCCAAUAACACACUGCCUAAGGCUGUACACUAGAGUGCCUUUACUUAACAGCCAUUGUGUAUGUCCAAUUGAAAAUGGGCUCUCAAGAACCCACAAUGCCUCAGUUAUAGGGCUUCAUUUGGAUACCUCACUGAGAAAGCUGUCCAAGUCUUCAGCAUUGUGGUCUGCUAAUGGAAACUCUGCCUUAAAGUUCUCACAAGACUCUAGAAAGGAUGCUGAGUUUCAAAAGCAAGGCUCCACAUUUUAAGAUGCACUUUUUCUCCCCAUUGAUUGUGUUAAGUAUGUCGUCUUUGAAAUGCGGUAUGUUUUUGUACACUUAGUCAGUCAUAAUUAUAGGCCAAUAUUUCAUACAAAAAGAAAGAACAAAGCAGACCCGUGAUCCAUAUUUGCUGGCGUCUUACUAUCCACAUAGGCAUCUGUCUUGUCGAGCAAUAAGAACAACUCUGUGCAGUGAGAGCUGCUUUUCAGCUGCUUGCUGGGAGUGGAGAACCAAUGUACCUAGCUCUGCUCCCCUGGAGUCAGGGGAAGGUUUGAGGAGGUUUGCAGGGUGAGGUUUGCAACAGGCAAAGGCUUCUCUGAGCACUGAGUGUGCAUCUG